UAAUAAUUUUUAAUAAAAAUGGAAGACAAGCGAAGCUACAUCUCAGAUAAGCUUCACUCAGCACUGGGUAUUACAGAUGAUACUCUGGUAGAAUGUGUCGAAAGAAUGAUCGACAUUGCUGCCGAUGAGAAGGUUCUGACCGGUAAGCUAACCAGUCUUGGAUUUGCUGAGGAUAAAUCAACCUUUACCCUCGCACAAGAUCUCGUUCAAAAAUUCAAAAAUGCACCAGCUACUAAGAGCGACAUCAAGCAGAGAGAGGAGCAACUUCUCGAGAAAAAUAAAGAAUACUCUAGUUACAAAAUGGUUCAAGACGGAGAUGACACUGAUGAAGAAAUCCAAAAACUUCAGAAACUUAAUGAGCAGCAAAAAGAGAAUCUUGAACUUCAAAAAAUUGCAGAAGCCGAAGGAAAUACAGAACUCGCCAAAGCUCUAAAGGAAAAAGAUAAGCUGGAGAGAGAUCUUCUUGUUAAAAGAAUGCUUGAGAAGGACAAAGAUAAGAACAAAAGGAAUGGGAUCGUUGAAAGCCAAGCUACCAGCAUGAUGGCCCUCACUGAAGAAGACAAAAAGAGGCUUAUCCCAGAACUUAGAGAAGAAGCAAGGAUUAAAUAUCUCGAAAAGAGAGAAGAGCAACAACUCGAUAUUGCUGAGAGAACCCAAAGAGAGCAAGAUAGGCUCUUUGCUGGCCAGAACCUUACUGAAGAGGAAAUUAAGAUCAAUGAACUCAAUAGAAAAAUUAUUGAACUGGCAAAGAAGAGAAAGAAUAGAGACAAUAAACUUGAUUUAUACCAGAUGCCUGAUGCUUACGAAGACGAGCAUGGAUACCAAGCAAGAGACAAAAAGAAGCAAGUACUAUUGAAGCGGUAUGAAGAAGAAAAGACUGAGCUUACCGAGCAAGAGAAAUGGGAGCAGACACAAGACAACAAAACUGGCUUCGCCAUUGGGGCUCAACAAAGAAAGGGAAAAGAUAAAGAACAAAACGAAUAUGACCUUCUUAUUGAGAAUCAAAUUGAUUUCCUACAAAGUGAGAUGCUAGAUGGAGAAAUGAAGAAUUUGAUGGAGAAAAAGAUGAAGAAGAAAGGUUCCAGUUCAAAUGAUGACUCAAGCUCUAAUGAUGAAGAAGAUGAACCAAUGACUGAGUUUGAAAAAGAAAGAAAGAAUAUAGCCGAUCAAAGGAGGUCACUUCCUGUGUAUGCUUUAAGAGAUGAAUUUUUAAAAGCAAUAAGAGAUAACCAGGUCUUAAUCAUUGUUGGAGAGACUGGGUCUGGAAAAACUACUCAAUUGCCACAAUAUCUAGAUGAAGUAGGUUAUACUAAGAAAGGAAAGAUAGGUAUCACCCAGCCAAGAAGAGUGGCAGCAAUGUCUGUUGCAGCAAGAGUUGCUCAAGAAAAGAAUGUGAAAUUAGGCCAAGAAGUUGGAUAUAGUAUAAGGUUCGAAGAUUGUACUUCUGAUACCACAAGUUUGAAAUAUAUGACAGAUGGAAUACUUCUCAGAGAGUUCUUAACUGAACCAGAUCUCAAGAGCUAUAGCUGCCUUAUGAUCGAUGAGGCUCAUGAAAGGACACUUCAUACAGAUAUAUUAUUUGGGUUGGUGAAAGAUGUCACCAAAAAUAGACCUGAUCUAAAGUUGCUUAUUUCUUCAGCAACCCUUGAUGCAGAAAAGUUUGCUCAAUACUUUGACAAUGCUAAAAUAUUCAAAAUUCCUGGGAGAAGAUAUCCAGUGGAUAUUUACUAUACCAAAGCUCCUGAAUCUGACUACAUAGAAGCAGCGGUUAUUACAGCUCUACAAAUCCAUGUAACUCAGCCAGCCGGAGAUAUCUUAAUCUUCUUGACUGGUCAGGAAGAGAUUGAGACAGCCACUGAAAUGAUUCAGCAAAGAGUAGCAGGACUUGGGUCCAAGAUUUAAGGAAUUAAUGAUUAGACCUAUCUACUCUUCCCUUCCUUCAGAGCUUCAAGCUCAAAUCUUUGAGCCAACUCCUCCAGGAGCUAGGAAAUUAGUGCUUGCCACUAAUAUCGCAGAAACCUCUUUGACUAUCGAUGGUAUUAUCUAUGUCAUUGAUACAGGAUUUGUGAAAAUGACAAGUUAUGAUCCCAAAUCUGGAACAGAGAGCUUGGUCGUAACUCCUGUAUCAAAAGCAGCAGCUAAUCAGAGAGCAGGAAGAGCUGGAAGAGUUAAAGCAGGGAAAUGAUUCAGGCUUUAUACUUCUUGGUCCUACCAAAAUGAGUUAGACCCAAACCCUGUCCCAGAAAUUCAAAGGACUAACCUUGGAAGUGUUGUGUUGAUGCUUAAAGGUCUUGGAAUAGAUGACUUGAUUCAUUUUGAUUUCCUUGAUCCUCCACCAGCUGAAACUUUAAUUAGAGCUCUUGAACAGCUGUAUGCCCUUGGAUCUCUGAAUGAUGAAGGAGAACUAACAAAGCUUGGGAGGAGAAUGGCUGAGUUUCCUCUCGAUCCAAUGCUUUCCAAGAUGAUUAUUAAAUCAGAGGAUUACAAAUGAAUUGAUCAAAUUAUAUCCAUAGCAGCCAUGGUUUCUGUUGGAAACUCUAUAUUCUAUCGACCAAAGGAGAAAGCUCUGCAUGCAGAUAAUGCAAGGAAGAACUUCUUCAGGCCAGGAGGGGACCACCUCACUCUUUUAACAGUUUUUGAACAAUGGAAAGAGGCUGAUUACUCCCACAACUGGUGCUUUGAGAAUUUCCUUCAAGUCAGAUCAAUGAAAAGAGCAAGGGACGUUAAAGAACAGCUCAUUGAAUUAUGUAAAAGGGUAGAACUUGAUUAUGCUGAUGAAUCUUUAAGCAUCUCAGACGAUACUUAUGUCAACAUCAGAAAGACAAUCAGUUCUGGGUUCUUCUACAAUACUGCUAAGCUGAAGGAUUCUGGAGAGUAUAGGACCUUGAAAAAUUCUAAGACAGUUGAUAUUCAUCCAUCUUCCUGACUCUUUGAGAUAAAGCCAAAGACAGUUGUGUAUCAUGAACUUGUGAGCACCUCCAAGGAAUAUAUGAGGCAAGUUAUUGAGAUAGAGCCAGAAUGGUUACUAGAAAUUGCUCCUCAUUAUUACAAGCCGAUUGAUAUUGUAGACCCAGAGAAAAACAAAAAGAAGAACAAAAUGCCUAUAAAUAGGUAA